GGAUAUCAAAGACUGCAUUGUGCUUGGAGUGGCCUUGGUCCCUCUCGCGUGCCAGGGAGGAGGCGGGAGGAGGGACACUGCUGGGAGGCUCCCUGCUCUCUUCUAGCUGGUGUUCCCAAGGGCCCUGGCCUGGGAAGGAUGGUGCACACAUGGGUGGCUGCUUCUGUAUCCCUGGGGAGCGGAGUCCAUCCUGGGGCCCAGGUAGAGAAGGCCCUUUCAAGAGUUCAACCAUAUCAAGCCAGAAUAUUCCCUCAUCUGAAUAUGAGGAAAAAUGUUUCCCGAGGCAGAAAAUGACUCAAGAUCUGAUGCUCUCCUUCAGUGUAAAGAGCCGCUCACGGAGAUGUGUGAAUGGACCCUUGCAGGAAGCUGCUCGGAGGCGUCUCUGGGCGCUGGAGAACCAAGACCAGGAUGUGCGAGCCCUGUUCAAAGACCUGUCUGCAAGGCUGGUGAGUAUCCAGUCCCAGAGUGCCCAGUUCUGCAUUACCUUCAAGACAAUGGAGGAGAUCUGGAAGUUCUCAACCUACCUAAAAUUAGGCUAUGUGUCCACGUGCCUGGAGUACCUCCUUUUUGAUCACAAGUACUGGCUCAACAGCAGACUGGUGGAGGACACGGAGAUCCAAGUGUCUAUCGACGACAAUCACCUGGAAAACAUGUACAUGGGCCUCCUCAUACAGGAAGGUCACUUCGUCUGCAGAGCCACAUGCUCCGUGGUCCCACUUGCUGAGAAGGAUGGGGAGUGUUUGACACUUUGCAAGAAUGAGUUAAUCUCAGUCAAGCUGUCUGAAGAUGAAGCUGAGUGGGAAGGUGUGUCCUUAGUGACGGGCCAGCGGGGUCUGGUGCCAGUGUCAGCCUUGGAGCCUCUGCCUGUCCCUUUCCAUCAAUGGUUCCUAAGGAAUUACCCAGGAAGCUGUAGCCUUUUCAGGAAGAGGGAUUGGACAGGCUCCUAUCAGAUUGGUAGAGGAAGAUGUAAGGCCAUGAUGGAUUAUCAGCAGCAAAGAAAAGGUGAACUGAGUUUCCUCCAGGGAGAGAUCCUGGAGAUCAUCGGCUUUGUCAUCCCUGGGCUUCAGUGGUUUAUCGGGAAGUCAAUAAGCUCAGGAGAAGUGGGCUUUGUCCCCACCAGAAGCAUAGAUCCUGAUUCGUAUUCUCCAACGAGCAAGAAUUCUGCCUUCUUCAGUGAUGAGGAAAGAAGCACUCUGUGGACCCUGGGGAGUGACAGGAAGGCUGAGUAUGUUAGCUUCCUGCACAUGCUGGCUCAUACUGACAUCACGUCUGUCUACCGGCUUAGUGGGUUUGAAUCCAUCCAGAAUCUUCCAAAUGAUCUGAGUGCAUCGCAGCCUGAGGGCUUCAAGGAAGCCAGGCCUGGGGGAACCUGGGAAGAAAGUCAGGUCGUGGGCUCCAGACGUUCCAGCAGCUCUGUGGACUCCAGCAUGGAAGACGAACUCCUCUCAGCCACUUCAGACAACUAUCACCUGCCAGAGCCUGAUGACCUCGACGAUCCGGAACUGUUCAUGGACCUAAACACUGGUCUGGAUGAAGAAGAAGUGGAGAACUUCACCUCCAUCUUGGCUUUUCUGGAUCAGAAGGGAUACACCGACAACUUUAAGAACCUCUAUGAUUUUUCCUUCUCUUUCCUCACCUCUUCCUUUUACAACUUCACAGAAGAAGAUGAGCUUGUGGUCUACCUGGAGACCUCAAGGAAGUGGGCCAAGAGGAGUCACAUGACUUGGGCGCAUGCCCGGCUCUGCUUCCUUCUGGGCCGGCUGAGCAUCAGGAAGGUCAAACUCUCCCAGGCCAGGGUGUACUUUGAGGAGGCCAUCCACAUUCUUGAUGGGGCAUUUGAGGACCUAUUCUUGGUGGCUGCUCUAUACAUCAAUUUGGCUGCCAUCUAUCUGAAGCAGAGGUUAAAGCAUGAAGACUCAACCCUACUGGAAAAGGCAGGUGCCCUUCUGGCCUGCCUGCCUGACCAUGAGUUCAGUGCCAGGAACGAACUUGACAUAGUGGCCUAUGUGCUGCGCCAGGGGAUUGUGGUAGGCAGCAGACCCUUGGAAGCCAGGGCAUGCUUUCUGGCUAUCCGGUUGCUCCUGAGUUUAGGCCGACAUGAAGAAGUCCUACCAUUUGCUGAGCGCCUACAGAUCCUUUCUGGACGCCUUCCCACCUCAGAUGCUAUGGCAGCCAUCUUGAGUUUUCUGUAUGACAAGAAGUAUCUUCCAUAUUUCGCAGUUGCUUCUGUCCAGCAAUGGUGUAGUCAGAGUUCCCAGAGGAUGUCUCUUCCUAUUUGGCAGGUCUCCUUGGUUCUUCAGAACACCAGCAAGCUCCCUGGCAUUCCCUCUUCAAGCUGGGAUGAAGUUUCUGCCCUGGCCUGUCCGACCCUCAGGCAGGCUCUGGCGGUCUGUGAGGAACAGGCUGAUCCGAGCACCCAGAGGGCCCUGUGUCUCAUCCUGUCCAAACUGUACCUCCAACAUAGGUCUCCUACUGGGGCCAUCUACUACCUGAGUCAAAGCUUGGUAUUGGGGAAGCUGCUGGGUGAGCAGGAAGCCUUUGAGUCAUCCCUCUGUCUGGCAUGGGCUUAUUUGUUAGCCAGCCAGGCAAAAAAGGCUGUGGACAUCCUUGAGCCACUGUUAUACUCUCUGAAGGCGACUGAGCGUGGGAUCCAAAGGGGAGUGGUCUAUAACCUCCUGGGACUUGCACUUCAAGAUGAAGGUCAGAUGAGCAGGGCAGCCAAGAGCUAUCUCCAGGCUCUGAACAGAGCUCAAGAGGCAGGAGAUGUACGCAAUCAGGCAGUGGCUAUGGCUAAUCUUGGCAACCUCAAGUCUUGGGCUCAGCAGCCAGACAGGGACUAUCUCCUACAGGCUGUCCAUCUGUAUUCUGAACUGGAGGCCAGCAAGGAGACGGACAUAGAAUUGGUACAGGUGCUCCUUUGGUUGGCCCAAGAUAUGGUGUCCGGACACCAGCUGACUCACAGCCGCUUUUGUUAUGAAAUGGCAUUGCUGUUUGGCUUAAGGAAUCGCCACCUACAGAGUCAGCUUCAGGUCACCAAAUCCCUCUGCCAUUUCUACAGCUCUGUGUCCCCAAAUCCUGAGGCCUGUAUCACCUACCACGAACACUGGUUGGCUCUAGCUCAGCAACUCAGGGACCGAGAGAUGGAGGGGAGGCUGCUGGAGUCUCUUGGGCAGCUCUACCGGAACCUCAACACAACCAGGUCCCUCAGGAGGUCCCUGGACUGUAUCAAGGAGAGCCUGCGCAUAUUCAUCGACCUGGGGGAGAAAGACAAGGCAGCAGAGGCCUGGCUGGGGGCUGGACGCCUCCAUUACCUCAUUCAGGAAGAUGAGCUAGUGGAGCUGUACCUGCAGGCAGCCAUCCAAACAGCCCUGACGUCGGAGGAGCUCUCCCUGGCCCUCAAGCUCCACGAAGAAGCUGGCGACCUCUUUUUCAAUGGGACCCGCCACAGGCACCGUGCUGUGGAAUAUUAUCGGGCUGGGGCUGUUCCUUUGGCAAGGAGGAUGAAGGCUGUGAGGACAGAGCUCCGAAUCUUCAACAAGCUAACAGAGCUGCAGAUCAGCCUGCAGGGCUAUGAGAAGGCUUUGGAAUUUGCCACGCUGGCUGCCAGGCUGAGUGUCGUCACAGGAGAUCAGAAGCAGAAGCUGGUGGCCUUUCACCGACUGGCUACGGUGUACUACUCUUUGAACAUGUACGAGAUGGCUGAAGACUGCUACCUGAAAACCCUGUCCCUUUGCCCACCAUGCAUGCAGAGCCCCAAGGAGGCGUUGUACUAUGCCAAAGUAUAUUAUCGCCUGGGCCAACUCACCUUCUACCAGCUGAAGGAUGCCCAUGACGCCACGGAGUACUUCCUGUUGGCCCUGGCAGCUGCGGUCCUGCUGGGUGAUGAGGAGCUGCAGGACACCAUUAAGAGCAGGCUGGACAACGUCUUCCGGAGCCCUCUGUGGCACAGCCGUCCCUCGGGGUGCUCAUCAGAGAGGGCACGGUGGCUGAGUAGUGGGGGCCUGGCCUUCUGAGCAGAACCAACCCGUUUCUGACCAGUUGCCAUGGUCAGAGGCUGCCUCCCGUCCCUGGGUUCUUAUGUACUAAUUGGGAAGACCAACGUCAGCAGCUGGCCCAGCUCACUGAAAGAAAAGGGCUCCUUGGGAGGGGUCAAGGAGCUGAGGGCAGAGCUUUGGUGAGAAGUCUGUUUCCAGGUUGGCACUGGGAGACUUUGCACAUGAUUGUGGCUCUUCUAUAUCAGUAGUCUCUGAGAUACACUUUUGACCCAAUUCUGAAGGAAAUGUGAAACUGUGCCCCAGGGAACUUUCCUUCCUUCCCCUAGAGAGAAAACCAGACACUACACCAGUGAGCAGGCAAGCAGGUUGUACCCUCACCAAUCUUCUCAGGGAAAGAACCCUCCCUCUGCCAGCGGGGGGGAGCACAUAGUUUCUUUCUUUUCUUUCUUCAAAACCAAAGGGGGUGCCACUCCUCACACAGAGACUGGCAGGGAACAAUUCCGAUGGUUCCGGGCUCCACAGACACAGCCUCAGAAAGGCCAGGCUGAACACACAGGCCCUGAGGUGUGAUGGAGUACCCCAUCUCCACCCUACCUCAAAACUGUGCUCCCACAUAGCCCCCCCCCCACAUCUCUAGGGAAACUUUCCCAAGGUUAAGGCUUGAAAAUUGAGUAUUGAGAAAACUAUGUCGUAAGUUACAUGUAAAUAGUGUACAUCAUUAAAUAUUGACCAUUUACAUUCACACA